AACAGCUUAGUAAUAGUGUCAUGUUUGGUGUUGAGAGUAUGUAACAUCAGGCUCGUAGGUACAUGUAUAUAUUUAAACAUCAGGGAUCUUUGCUUAUUAAUGUACAAGACUGAUUGUACUUUUCAUCUGUGUGUGUGUGUGUGUGUGAAGGCCGUUUUGGGGAGGUCAACAACCUAGUCUACAUGUAUUUAUAGCCAAAGGAAUCUACAAUACAUAAGAUACUUUGGUCCCCUGCAAAUGUAUCAUUAUUUGCAGGCAGGGUCUGUCCUACAGGUUACAAAGUUUGGGCACGGUCUGUCAAGUUCAGUGUAAGGAUCUUCCGGUAUCAACCUUGUUCAUUGCUUGCCUAUAGCCACAGCUUUGCAGUUGCAUUCUGCAGUGAUGGAUGACAGCAUAUUGAGAUAAUUUCUGUACCUCUGCCUGCACCACUCAAGUGAGAAACUGAACUGCUAUAUUCCACUCAGAUAUGCGAUAACGACAACAACCUGAAAUGUAUCACAGAGAAUGACACUGAGUAAUAGCGACAUGUCCAGUAAACCCGGGACUAAAACCAAUGGAGGCCGUGGCCUGGAGCUCGUGUUCCGGGACGUCACCGCUCACAUUGGCCCAAAAGAAGUCCUGAAAGAUGUCAGCGGAAUGGUCAAGGCUGGUCAACUUCUGGCCAUCAUGGGACCAAGUGGGGCGGGAAAGACGACUUUACUUAACACUCUAGCGGGCAGAAACCCUCUUUCAUCAGGGGAGAUCACUCUGAAUGGAAGUAAGAUAAAUAAAUCACUCAAACGGAAGGUGUGUUACGUUCUCCAGCAAGAUGUCUUCUUCCCCAACCUCACUUUAAAGGAGACAUUGACGUUUGCAGCCAUGGUCAGGUUACCCGAUUCCAUGUCACGGAAAGAGAAACUGGAAAAGGUCAAUGAAAUCGUCGAUGCCCUUGACCUUACCAAGUGCCUGGAAACAAUUAUGGGCGACAUGUGGACGAGAGGCCUGUCUGGAGGAGAGAAAAAGCGGGCAAAUAUCGCUUGUGAACUGAUCACAGAUCCUCUAAUGAUAUAUCUUGAUGAACCUACCUCUGGUCUGGACUACAGUACAGCGUUCAGUCUAGUGCAGACCCUCAAAACGUAUGCCAGACAGCACAACAAAACGGUUGUGGCCACAAUACACCAACCAUCCAGCUUCAUCUUCUACCAGUUUGAUAGUCUAUUGCUCAUGUCAGAAGGGGAGUCGGCUUACUACGGGGAUAUAGACAAGGUGGUGGAAUUCUUCGGCUCGGUUGGCAUGGAGAUGUCGCAACAUUAUAAUCCGGCCGAUUUUGUCUUGGAAAAACUGAAAGAAGAUGAAAAGACAAGGAAGAGAAUAGUGGAUGCAGCCUAUGACCAAAGGAAGAAGAAUGAGUGGCCCACGAUGCUAAGGGGAAGCCAAAAUGGCCGAAAGAUAGAGAAUGUCCCUAGCUCUGUCUUGAAGGACGACGCUGAUAAAAGCAAACGCUUCUACGACAAAAUCAACAUCAUCAAAAGAUUUCGGUCAAAACCAAAAGAGGCUGCAAAUGAUGAGGAAGAUCCAGGGAGUAUCCACAUGAGUUUGAUGGAACUAGAUGAAAUUGACAACGGUGCCAUGGAAACCGUGAUCGACAAGAAACGAAAAUGGCCGACUGGUUUUCUCACCCAGUACACAAAUCUCACGAUUCGUACUUUCCGCCAGUCCAAAACACAAAUCUUCAACAGGUUCAAAGUCAUUGAGGCCGUCACCAUGACGAUCCUGGUCAGUUUGAUCUGGUUCCAGCUUCCCAGGACAGAAGCCACUCUACGAGACCGGAUGGGGGUGAUAUUUUUCAUGUCCAUGAACUACGGAUUCACUCCCCUGUUUGAUACCGUCACGUCCUUUCCAUCAGAGCGUAUGGUGAUCAACAAGGAGAGAGCCUCGGGUUGGUACCGGGUGUCGGCCUAUUACUUAGCCAAGAUGACCAGUGAACUACCUCUAAUUCUUGCCCAGCCCCUCGUGUUUGGGACGAUAGUGUACUGGUCCGUCGGACUAAACGGGGUCUCGGCAUACUUCGCCACCCUCGGCACACUCUUCAUUCAUUCUAUAGCGGGGCAGAGUAUAGGCCUUUUCCUUGGUAUAGCGUGUAUGGACAUCAGAAGAGCAAUGACCAUAGCUACAGUGUGUAUAAUGACCACCAUGUUAUUAGGGGGUUUCUAUACCAGACAUCUACCGUUCUGGCUGUCCUGGUUGAAAUACAUAUCUUUUCUCUACUAUACUUUCCAUUGUCUGAUGUCAUUAGAAUUCACGGACGCACCGCCAGUUUUAUGUGCCUCCAGUACCAACAUAUCUGUAUCACAAUUCUCCAGCUGCCUUCACCAAAAUGCCACAACAAUUCCGUCACACGAAGUGCUGCAGUUCUUCGAGAUAGACUGGCCAUUUUGGCAGUAUCUACUGCCCCUCUUCAUCUUCAUCAUCGCAUUCAGAAUAGCUGGCUAUUUCGUCCUGCGGUUCGUCCAACGACCUCAUUGAUGAAGGGCUAUGCUAGUGAAAGUUUGAUAUUGUGGCUGUUUGUAGGAUGUUUGUUCAGUGAUGUGUGUAGAUUUAUUCAGAUGUAUAAAUGUAGUGUAAUGAUACUUGGAUUUUAGAAAUAUUUACUGACAAUUAUAUUUCAUAAAUGAGAAAUUAUGAAAGAUACAAUACAGUAAAACCUCAUUAUACUGCCACCAUUUGACCAGGGUACCAGGGCUACAUUCGUGUAUCUUGGUUGAAACAGUACGUGUGGCGCAGAAAUUUUCCACGAUAAACGAACACACUUGGACCGUUCUA